AUGAUGUAUGUGCUAAUUCUUACAUUAUUAGCUAGCACACAUUGUGUUAGUCCAGUAGACAUGGAUGUAUGGGACGAGUUACUGGACACAAACUUUAAGAUAAUCGGCGGUCAGGACGCUAAAGACGGUGAUAACCCUCACAUGUGUUCCGUGCGAACGGACGGCUGGCACGUGUGCGGCGCCUCUAUUAUCAGCGAUCAAUGGGUGGUAACCGCCGCCCACUGUGUACUCAAUUACGGCACACAUAUUGUCGUAAAUGGGUCAUUUACCCUACAUUGUGGCACUAUUGAACGUAGCCGAGGUGGCGUAGAUUACGAGGUAAACAAGAUCAUAUUUAAUGAGUUAUACAACUGGAUUGGACCCAAUGAUAUUGCUCUGCUAAAAAUUAAGCAAAAUUUCCCCCUUGGUACAAAGUAUAUUAAUACAAUACAAAUGGCUACUAAGGACACGGAUGUAGCACCUGGAUCACUUGUUAAGGCUAUUGGUUGGGGUCUCAUAAACCAGACGACAUAUCCUGAGAUAUUACAGACACUGGAUGUGCCGGUUAUAGAAAGAAGUAAAUGUGAAGUGAUUUACAAAAAUUACUUUAAUAUGACUGUCGAUGAGACCAGUAUUUGCGCGGGUGGUGAGGGACGGGAACCUUGCUCAGCUGAUUCAGGAUCACCAUUAACUAUUAAUAAAACACUCGUUGGUAUUACUGUGUGGACUAAGCCAUGUGCACAUCCAGGCUAUCCCACAGUGUAUACCCGGGUGUCUAAAUACAGAGAUUGGAUACGUAAUCACACUGGCAUUUAA